UAACGACCCCAGACAAGAUAUUUUGAAAAAAAAAAUUUGGUUCGGCGUGUUUGUGCUCUCGAUCAUCUCCUAGUCCUCCUGGCGCUUCUCUGACUUUGUCGUUGUGUGUUUAGUGGCUGUAAGGGAUAAUGGACAGAAGAAACGUUCGAAAGAUAUUUGUACAAAGGGACUACUCGCGUGGAACUGGCGUGAGGUUCAGCACAGACUUCCCCAGAGAACUCACAGGGAAAGUUGAUGAGACCACGUACCGCACAACCAUCGAGAAUGUCAACCAGUGCUUUGACGAGGCCGAGGCGCUGGGUUGCUGCAAUGUCCUGGAGGGCUGUCUGGCCUGCAUGACUGGCUUUGCCCUCCACUACUGCUUCAAGACACACUACGAGAGAUGCGUGCAGGAUGCUGCCAAGUACAUACAGCAACAGAACAGGGAAGUGUACGAGCAGAGGGGGAUAAUCCUGGGGGACCCAAUGGACAGGGGCCUCAGAUGUGUAUCCACUCUUUACUCUCACUAAACUCCGUGUAGAUAUGUACCAACCUGUACUCGGUUUUGCCACAAACUUUAGUGCCACCCCGUACUAUGUAUAGCUCUGUUGAGUUUUUAUGUGUUGGUUCAGUAUGGCCAAUAGCUAAGCUCCAGCUCCCUUAGUCAUAUUGCAUAAUAGCUAUAAUUAUACUAGCUAUAUAGCUGUUUCUGUAAGGUAUAUAUACCUUGACUCAUCAUCAGAUUGAGGUCCAGAUUAUUCAAGAAGC